AUGUUAACUACAACGAUAGUCGUCGUAUGCUCGGGCCUUGUGAUAUUUGGUCUCGCACGCCUACGAUCUGUCCGCUUCACUCAAUAUGCGCACAUCCCUGGACCAGCUACAUCUCUCGUAUGGGGGCAUCUCAAGCUCAUUUCCCAAUUGAUCAGACAAGAUCCAUCGAAGCACUUUCAAUAUGCAAUCCACAGUCUGAUAAAAAGGCAGACGGACGAUACUGGAUUAAUGCUUCUCGAUCUACGACCUGCAUUCUACCCCAUCGCCGUCAUCUACUCGCAUGAUCUCGCCGAGCAAAUCACUAGGGCAACGCCGCAGUUCAAGUACAGUGUCCCCAAGGCACCACUACAAGACAUGAUCGGACACGUUAUCGGACGCGAUUCAUUCUUGACUAAUAAUGGCGAGCUGUGGAGAGAUACGCGCAAGAUGUUCAACGCGGCCUUUGCGCCGAACCAUUUGGCGAGCUUUAUCCAGCCGAUUCUCGAAAAGAUUCAGGUCUUCUUACGAGCGCUCGAUGCGAAUGCCAGGUCUGGCGACGAGUUUGAGUUGGGUGAGCGCUGUACGCUGCUUACGUUUGAUGUGAUAGGGCGAGUGAUUCUGAACAUCGACCUGAAAACCCAAGGAGACGAAUCGGAGCAGCACGAAGUCGUCCGGUGCUUUAUGGAACUGCUCGCAAACCUCCCGACGUUCCCCCAGAUCGAGUGGGUGCUCAGUCCACGCAAGUAUCGACGACGGAUGCAAAUCACACAAACGAUCGAGUCCUCAUUGGAGUCGAUCAUCCAACAGAAAUUCGAGAAGCUGCACGGCGAUAAAGCCUGCGGUGACGGGCCUGCGACAUCCGACCGAAGUGUCCUGUCGCUGGCGCUCGAGGGCGUUGACUCGUUGACCCCCAAGGCGAUUCGGACGAGCAUCGACUCGAUCCGUACUUUUCUCUUUGCUGGGUAUGACACGACCUCUGUUCUAUUGCAGUGGGCGUUUUACGAGCUAUCACGAACACCUCGCGCUCUGGCAGCCCUGCGCGACGAGCUCGAUCGAGUGCUAGGACCAAACGCCGACCCAAGCGCGGCAGCAAAUGCGAUCGCUUCCAACGAGGCCAAACUCAGCCAACUGGUCUACCUGACGGCCGUCAUCAAGGAAACACUCCGACUGCAUCCACCAGCAGGAACGUCUCGCUUCGCCGAACCUGGGUCCGACUUCCGCCUACAGACGUCACGCGGGCCUUUGCGCGUCGACGGAGCGAUUCUAUACCUUAACCACUUCUCCAUCCAGCGGGAUCCGACCGUCUACGGCGAGUCCGCGGAGACCUGGGUUCCAGAGCGCUGGUUGCAGACCGAAGGGGCAAGCGAGGGGUUCGCUGCGGGUGCCUGGCGGCCAUUUGAACGGGGGCCUCGCGGGUGCAUUGGGCAGGAACUUGCGAUGCUGGAGGCGAGACUUGUGCUUGCGAUGGCGGUGCGGCGGUACGAUUUCGUCAAGGUUGGACUUGGGGCGACGGUGGACGGAGAUGGCGAUGGCGGUGCCAGGAUUGAUGAGUACGGGCAGUAUGUGAGCAGUGAGCCAUUGUAUGAUACAUUCAACUUGUCGGCUAAACCAGUGGAUGGGACAAGGAUGAGGGUGGAAUUCCGCCAAGCGAGAGUUGAUUGA